UAGAUAGCAGGUUCACCAGUUUCAACCAAUCAGAAGCUCGGAACACGCCCCAGGAACGCCUAAAGUCCAGGUGAAAGUAAACUUGUGUGCAAGGCAUCGAAGUUAAAAAACAAGAAAAACAACUUGUGUUCAAGGCUGGCGUCGCCAUUUUAGAACAGCGUACAUUAGUACACAAAUACUCGUUUAAAUGAUUUUAACGUUUUAAAAGCGUGCGCAAACAUGUACGCGUGGUUCAAGACAGGAUAACUCAUUUUAACACAGAUGGUAGGUUAGAGUAUAUCUGGUACAGGUUUCCACAUUCAUCGCGAUUCAGUGGGUGUUUCCGCCUCCUCGUACUGAUUUACAUUAUCACCUGAGUCAAGUACAGAUGGACAGAUCAGACCCCAGCUGUGUGUCCAUGAAGAGUGACCGGUCUAUGGAGCCUCCACCUGGGUUACAGGAAAACAAUGAAUGUGACUUUGGUCCAGUCCAGAUGAACGGAUCAGACCCCAGCUGUGUGUCCAUGAAGAGCGACCGGUCUAUGGAGCUUCCACUUGGGUUACAGGAACACAAUAAACUUGACUUUGGUCCAGUCCAGAUGAACGGAUCAGACCCCAGCUGUGUGUCCAUGAAGAGUGACCGGUCUAUGGAGCCUCCACUUGGGUUACAGGAACACAAUAAACUUGACUUUGGGAGUCUCAACAAACAUCAAAUAUUAGAGUCACCAGAACCCAACAGUGACCAGUCAUUGAAUCUUCCACCUAUUCAAGAGAAAGGUUCAGAUUUUAGCCCUGACCCUAAAUGUGCUGAAGUCUUGAACACAUUCAGAUCAAAUCUACAGAAGAAGUUUCAGUGUUUGUGUGAGGGAACAUCAAUGCAGGGAAACCCAACACUACUGAAUGAGAUCUACACAGAGCUCUACAUCACAGAGAGUGAAAGUGGAGAGAUCAGUAAUGAACAUGAGGUGAGACAGAUUGACACACAAUCCAGAAGAACAACAACAGAGGAGACACCAAUCAAAUGUAAUGACAUCUUUAAACAUUUACCUGAACAAGACAAACACAUCAGAAGUGUGAUGACAAAGGGAGUCGCUGGCAUUGGAAAAACAGUCUCUGUACAGAAGUUCAUUCUGGACUGGGCUGAAGAGAAAGAGAAUCAGGACGUCCACCUCAUAUUUCCACUUCCUUUCAGAGAGAUCAAUUUGAUGAAGAACAAAACACUCAGUCUUUUAGAUCUUCUUCAUCUUUUCUUCCCACAAACAAAAGAAAUGGAAAUCUCCAGUGAUGAAUAUAAAGUGUUGUUUGUCUUUGAUGGUUUGGAUGAGUGUCGUCUGUCUCUGGAUUUUCACAGCAGUGUGAGGUUGUGUGAUGUAAGUGAAUCAACCUCAGUGGACGUGAUGCUGACAAACCUCAUCAAGGGGAAUCUGUUUCCCUCUGCUCUCAUCUGGAUCACCUCUAGACCAGCAGCAGCUGAUCUCAUCCCCUCUGAGUGUGUUGAUCGAGUCACAGAGGUACGAGGCUUCAGUGAUCCACAGAAGGAGGAAUACUUCAGGAAGAGAAUCAGUGAUGAUAGUCUGUCUGAUCAAAUCAUCUCACACCUGAAGUCAUCCAGGAGUCUCUACAUCAUGUGUCACAUCCCAGUGUUCUGCUGGAUUUCAGUCACUGUUCUAGAGAGAAUGUUGAAUGAAGCAGAGAGUCAAGAGAUCCCCAAGACUCUCACUGAAAUGUACACACACUUCCUGAUCAUUCAGACAAACAUCAAACAUCAGAAGGACUAUGAGAAGAAAGUGAAAGAUGAAGAGAUGAUCUUUAAACUGGGGAAACUGGCUUUUGAGCAUCUUGUGAAAGGCAAUCUGAUCUUCUAUGAUGAAGACCUGAGAGAUUGUGGCAUUGAUGUAUCAGAAGCAUCAGUUUACUCAGGAUUGUGUACUCAGAUCUUCAGAGAGGAGUUUGGUUUCUAUCAGGGGAAAGUUUACAGCUUUGUUCAUCUGAGCAUUCAGGAACAUCUAGCAGCUCUUUAUGUGCUGUAUUCAUUCCUGUUAUAUAAGAGGGAUCUACUCAAUGAAUAUUUACCGUCAAAAUAUCCAAAGGAGUUCACAUGUGAGACAAUAUCAGAUCUGCAUCAGAGAGCUGUGGAUAAAUCUCUACAGAGUGAGAAUGGACAUCUGGAUCUUUUUCUCAGAUUUCUUCUGGGUCUCUCACUGGAGUCCAAUCAGAAACUUCUGCAGGAUCUUCUGAAACACAAAGAGAAAAUCUCCUGGAGCAAAGAGAAAACUGUUGAUUACAUUAAAAUCAGAAUAAAAAUAAAUCCCAAACCAGAUAAAUCCAUCAAUCUGUUUCACUCUUUAAAUGAACUGGGUGAUCAGUCUCUUGUGAAAGAAGUCCAGGAGUAUGUACAGUAUGGAAAUCUUUUAAACAAGAAACUCUCCUCUUCUCAGUGGUCAGCAGUGGUUUUCUUUUUGCUGACAUCAGAGCAGUUAGAUGUGUUUGAGUUGAGUAAUUACAUAAACAGAGACAUCAACAAAGACCACAAAGAUCACAUGACAUCAGAUGAAGUUCUUCAGAAGCUGCUGCCUGUGGUUGAAGCAUCAAGAUCAGCUGAUAUUACUCAUUGUGAACUGUCAGAGAAAAGCUGUUCUGGUCUGACUUCAGUACUAACUUCAAAAUCUUCAUCUCUGAGAGAUCUGAAUCUGUCUCAUAAUAAACUAAGAGAUUCAGGAGUAAAACUGCUCUCAGAUGGACUGAAGAAUCCAAACUGUAAACUGGAGACACUGAAGUUGAGUGAUUGUGGUGUCACAGAUGAAGGUUGUGCAGCUUUGGCUUCAGCUCUGAAAUCAAACCCAUCACAUCUGAGAGAUCUGAAUCUGUCUAUGAAUAAUCUAAGAGAUUCAGGAGUGAAGCUGCUCUCUGAUGGACUGAAGAAUCCAAACUGUAAACUGGAGAAACUGAAGUUGUGUAAGUGUGAUGUCACAGAUGAAGGUUGUGCAGCUUUGGCUUCAGCUCUGAUAUCAAACUCAGAUCUGAGAGAACUGAAUCUGUCUGAUAAUAAACUAAGUGAUUCAGGAGUGAAGCUGAUCUGUGAUGUACUGAAGAAUCCAAACUGUAAACUGGAGUCACUGGGGUUGUGUAAUUGUGAUGUCACAGAUGAAGGUUGUGCAGCUUUGGCUUCAGCUCUGAGAUCAAACACAUAUCUGAUAGAUCUGAAUCUGUCUUUGAAUAAACAAAUAAGAGAUUCAGGAGUAAAGCUGCUCUCUGAUGUACUGAAGAAUCCAAACUGUAAACUGGAGGAACUGUGGUUGUGGUUUUGUGAUGUCACAGAUGAAGGUUGUGCAGCUUUGGCUUCAGCUCUGAGAUCAAACUCACAUCUGAGAGUUCUGGAUCUGUCUUUUAAUAAUCUUAGAGAUUCAGGAGUGAAGCUGAUCUGUGAUGUACUGAAGAAUCCAAAUUGUGAACUGGAGUCACUGGGGUUGAGUUAUUGUGGUGUCACAGAUGAAGGUUGUGCAGCUUUGGCUUCAGCUCUGAUAUCAAACUCACAUCUGAUAGAUCUGUAUCUGUCUGAUAAUAAACUAAGAGAUUCAGGAGUGAAGCUGAUCUGUGAUGUACUGAAGAAUCAAAACUGUAAACUGGAGAAACUGUGGUUGUGGGAUUGUGGUGUCACAGAUGAAGGUUGUGCAGCUUUGGCUUCAGCUCUGAGAUCAAACCCAUCACAUCUGAGAGAUCUGAAUCUGUGUGGGAAUAAUCUAAGAGAUUCAGCAGUGAAGCUGCUCUCUGAUGGACUGAAGAAUCCAAACUGUAAACUGGAGAAACUGAAGUUGUGGGAUUGUGGUGUCACAGAUGAAGGUUGUGCAGCUUUGGCUUCAGCUCUGAGAUCAAACCCAUCACAUCUGAGAGAUCUGAAUCUGUCUGAUAAUAAACAAAUAAGAGAUUCAGGAGUGAAGCUGAUCUGUGAUGGACUGAAGAAUCCAAACUGUAAACUGGAGAAACUGGAGUUGUGGGAUUGUGGUGUCACAGAUGAAGGUUGUGCAGCUUUGGCUUCAGCUCUGAUAUCAAACACACAUCUGAGAGAUCUGAAUAUGUCUUAUAAUAAACAAAUAAGUGAUUCAGGAGUGAAGCUGAUCUGUGAUGGACUGAAGAAUCCAAACUGUAAACUGGAGAAACUGGAGUUGAGUGAGUGUGAUGUCACAGAUGAAGGUUGUGCAGCUUUGGCUUCAGCUCUGCGAUCAAACCCAUCACAUCUGAGAGAUCUGGAUCUGUCUGAUAAUAAUCUAAGAGAUUCAGCAGUGAAGCUGAUCUCUGAUGUACUAAAGAAUCCAAACUGUAAACUGGAGAAACUGAGGUUGUGUGAUUGUGGUGUCACAGAUGAAGGUUGUGCAGCUUUGGCUUCAGCUCUGAUAUCAAACACACAUCUGAGAGAUCUGAAUAUGUAUAAAAAUAAUCUAAGAGAUUCAGGAGUGAAGCUGCUCUCUGAUGGACUGAAGAAUCCAAACUGUAAACUGGAGAAACUGGAGUUGUGUCGUUGUGAUGUCACAGAUGAAGGUUGUGCAGCUUUGGCUUCAGCUCUGAGAUCAAACCCAUCACAUCUGAGAGUUCUGGAUCUGUCUAUGAAUAAUCUAAGUGAUUCAGGAUUGAAGCUGCUCUGUGAUGUACUGAAGAAUCCAAACUGUAAACUGGAGAAACUGAGGUUGAGUUAUUGUGAUGUCACAGAUGAAGGUUGUGCAGCUUUGGCUUCAGCUCUGAAAUCAAACCCAUCACAUCUGAGAGAACUGGAUCUGUCUAUGAAUAAACAAAUAAGUGAUUCAGGAGUGAAGCUGUUCUCUGAUUUAGAGGAGGAUUCACAUUAUAAACUAGAGACACUGAGGAUCUGAUGAUGAUGAUGAUGAUGGAGCCACUACAGUGAUGUCACAGCUCAUUCAACAGAAUGAACAAACACUGAAGACACAUGAGUUCAGAUUUCAGUAUUAACUCCUGAAAGUUUACAGAGACCAUAAAACCUCUAACAAUACAUCAUGUAAUCUGAGGAAAUUUUAUUUUUAUUUUAAGUAGAAAUUCUGACUAGCCGUAAACACCUUCCAGAUACCAUGAUAACCCUGUAUACACUUCACAAACCACAAUAGAUAUUAUAAUAUAAAUCAAUAAUGGAUCACAUUAUAAAUCAAUCAUAGUAAAGUGAAUGUGACCGUGAGAUGGUUUAAGGUGUGAUGAUAGGAGACUCAUGUUAUCUGUCCAGUGAAAGUUAUCAUCAUUCAUGAUCAAAGGGGAAUUAUAAUAAGUUGGGUAAAGUCUGAGUAAAGUCUCAUUUUAAAGAUUUGUAAAACUACAUAUAUAUUAUUCUUAAACAAUAUUUGCUUUAACAUUUCUGUGUUGUUGUAUUGUGAUAAAUAAAAGUUAUUUUAUAUUA